UCAGUGCGUUCCUGAGCAUGCCUACAAGGCUCGAAAAUAAACAAAGACCGAAAAGGGGACAAUUGAUCACAACCUGCCAUAAACUUAAUUUUAAAUACUUUUUGAGCAAUUUAAUGUCAUAUUUAUACACCGCGGCUAAUACAGGACGUGUCUUUAAACAUGGACAACUCAUUGUUGAUGCGAGUGAGUGUAUUUUCUGAUCAGGGAGGCAGAAAAUACAUGGAGGAUGUUACCGAGGUUGUAGUAGAGCCGGAGCCGGGGGAGGACGAGCUGAACGCGGACGAAAAAUGCGAAACCAAAGGGGAUUGCUCGGCGGUCAGCUCGGUACAAGACGGCGUGCAUCCACAGUGGACUAUUAAGAAUGCAUUGAACGACGCUCUGUCUGCGUCUGCACCCACUACAGUAGCAUGCACACAAUUUGUACAAAAUGAUAACCGAAGUUGUGCUUCCACUGCAACACCAUCGACUGAAGAAAACUCGCCGGCAGAGAGCGAGACCGAGAAGAACCUCCCCCAUCGCUCUGUGGCGUUCUUUGCUGUGUUCGAUGGCCAUGGAGGCCGCGAAGCCGCGCAAUUUGCGCGAGACUAUUUGUGGGAAUUUAUCAAGAAACAACGUGGUUUUUGGUCUAAGGAUGACGAUGAAGUUUGUUCAGCCAUUCGGAAGGGGUUCGUUGCUUGCCACCAUGCUAUGUGGAAAAAGCUGCCGGAAUGGCCAAAGACACUAACUGGUCUGCCCAGUACAUCAGGCACUACAGCCAGUGUCGUUGUCAUCCGGGGGAACCGCAUGUAUGUCGCCCAUGUAGGGGACUCCGCAGUGGUUCUGGGGGUCCAGGAUGAUCCUUCAGAUCAGUUCAUCAGAGCUGUGGAGGUUACACAAGACCACAAGCCUGAGCUUCCCAAGGAAAGAGAACGCAUCGAGGGGUUGGGAGGCAGUGUGAUCAAGAAGUCAGGGGUGAACCGGGUGGUGUGGAAAAGACCCAGGCUUACCCAUAAUGGCCCGGUCCGUAGAAGUACUGUGAUUGACCAGAUCCCAUUCCUGGCUGUGGCCAGAGCUCUAGGAGACCUGUGGAGCUAUGACUUCUACAGUGGGGAGUUUGUGGUUUCCCCCGAGCCAGACACUUGUGUGGUAACCCUUGACCCUAGCAAACACCGUUACGUCAUCCUAGGCAGCGACGGCUUGUGGAACAUGGUGCCGCCUCAGGACGCUGUAUCGAUGUGCCAGGACAACGACGAGGCUAUGGCUCCGUGCGGAGUCUCCAGCGCCCGUCAGCUUGUGAGCCAUGCCUUGUUGAGAUGGCGCCAGCGCAUGCUUCGUGCGGACAACACGAGUGCCAUCGUCAUCGCCCUGCAGGAGCCUGGGGCACCCCAGGAGUCCCUUCACCACGAGGAGGUGCUGCUCAACUUAGCCAAGGUGUCUCAGUGUGGACCAACCAUGGACUCCCGCUCCAACACACCCAUCAUCAAGGUCCCUGAAGUGGACAUGCCCUCAGCUGUGUGUGAGCUCCUCCCCACCCUAGAGCGGCGGAGUGGCCUGUCAGGCAGCAGCCUGUAUGCCCUGUCCCUGGCAGACCCCUUUGCCCCCCCACCUCUUCACUCGGACUCAGAUGAGGAUCUCCCCCGGCCUCUCCUGAUGGGCACUGCUGACAUGGGGGAGGGAGAUGCCACCAGAGCGCCCGGCGGCAAACGGACUCACGAGGAGUCCUUGCCGUCAGCAACAUCAGCGGCCAAGAGAGCUCGGCGCGGGAACAACGGCGAGAAAAUAUCUUUGAGUCGCAACAGUGGAAAAGACCAGAAACAGUCAUCCAACGUUUCAGCACUCCUCCAGCCACACAGCAAAACCACUGUGUGUGUGUGUUGAGACACACUUACAAACUAUAAACGUGCGGGCACACACACACAUAUGCUGCCUCCUCCACACCCCUUUCUAAAAGACCAUUACAAGUGUUGUGGGUCCUUCCAUAAAUUAGUAUACAAUGAAAUCAACUGAUGUCCAGUCAAAUGUUUAACUACAGUUUACUUCCCUGAGAUUGACAAGAGCUCAGUUCCACAUUAUUUACUACUUUUUUUCUCAUCCAGAAUGAUGGGAAAUUUAUUUUAAGCAGUAUGUUAUUUGAACUUGUAAAAUGUUUUACUUUGUGAUGCAAACAAUUAAAUAUUAACUUGUGUAAAUAUUCGGAGUAAUUGGUAGUUGUGCAAGUGAGGACAUGUUUUACUUCAUGUAAAGCAAUAUAUUUUUUAUACAUUGUUUUAUUUUACUAUGAGAAAAACAAAACAUACCAUUUUUAGAUUUUCACUGUCAUUUACAUGUUUUUCUGAUUCUUUUUAUGUAAUCAUUGGAUGAGUUUGUUUGCAUAGUCAUUUGAAACUGAUGGUGCUGCAACAGUAAAUUCCAGUAAAUUAACAAGUAACCUAAAUGUUAAUUUGUUAUUGAUGGUUACUUGUACAUACACAGUUGAGAAAGUUACCAAUGUUACAAAAGAGGCCACCCAGUGGACGUUCUUUGAAACUACACCACUUUGUAACCUCAUUGGAGGGAUUUGUCCUCCACAUCUACAUGAGUCAUUUACUAGCCUCUAACUAUGGAAACUAUUGGGACUGAGUUAGAUCAGUACCACUCCUUGUUUGUUGUGACAUUGCCACAGGUGGGGUUUUAGGAAAUGUUCUUUCCUUGUCGAGGUUCCAUUCUCCAACUGAACCUAAAUUACAGGUUGUGUUUUAUAAUUUGUCAUUCCUAUUCACUUCAUGCCUUAUGUUAUGUCUGUUCCCAUUUUGCGCUUGAAAAGUUGAUUUAUGUGUAGCCAGAUAAAGUUGGCAGUAAGUAAAAAGCAACCCUUAUCACCAGUAAGGCUGCUGGGUUUGACAUUUGGGAUUGUGGUAUUUGUGUGCUAGUUUUCCCAGCUACAUGCUAUAGUAAAAAUUGAUAAGUUGAGGUCAUAAAGUUGUUUGAUGGCCAAAGUGCAAUUUCAACUGGACAAAUUGUAGCAUUUUUAUUUACUACAUUUCCAAGUUUUACUAAAUCACACUCUUAACUUGGACAUAUCAAGCUAAAACAGGUUUUGGUUCGGGGGAUGUUGUAUAGAUGAUUCCUAAACAGUGUUAUUCAGGGGAAGUGAUUCACCUUGAUAAAUCAUGGCAUUCUUUUUUGCUUUGUGUGAAUAAGAUUGUGCUUACAGCAUCUAGUGCAUGUCAUCUGUACAGUGUAAAUGUGAAAGAAAAAAAAACACUUGGAAACUAUAUGAAAUAAAGAUAUGUUUUCUCAAUAAAGGCUUUACUGAAUUUA